AUGGACUAUAAAGACAAUUAUGGCAAGUAUAACAGGGCCCAAUCUAGUGGUGCCAAUUCGGAAUCGAUAUCAGGCGCAGAACUGGCUUCUCCACCUCCUGCGAGCACUAAUCUAUCCAAGCAACAAUCAUUGAAUAUCCCAAAUAUGAAUUCCAAACUGGACAACCCGGACAAGUUUUUGCUGAGAUCUUUGGAUAUCAAGAAGCAAUUGUCUCUGUCCUUUCAAGGCUCGUCGCUGCAUGGAAUAAGUGGGGGUAUCAAUAAACCACAAUCUCGGAAGAACUCCACAUUUGCAGUGAAGUCGAAUGACGGGAGUGAAGAUGACGAAGACGAAUAUUAUUACAAUGGUAAUAACAAUCUGAACAACCAGAGCAAUUCUGAGGGCAACCUCAGUAGGAAAAAGAGUGGGACCAGUGGGUCUGGUAACGGGAGUAACGCUAACAACAAUAACUCCAAUUCUGACGAUGAAGACGACCUGGGCCACGAAAGGAAGAGAAGAGACAAUAUUAAUGACAAAAUCCAAGAACUUUUGACAUUGGUGCCCACGGAAUUCUUCCAGGAGCAGCCAACGACAAACAGUGCCCUGGCUCAACCCAAUGCUCAAAGUGGUCAGCUGGAACAUGAUGCUGCCAUUGCUGCUGCAAUGAAGAACUCUGGUACUAAAGAUGGAAAACCCAAUAAGGGACAAAUCUUGACAAAAUCUGUGGAGUAUAUUCAAUAUCUUCAGAAGGUGAUAGAUGAGAACAACCGAAAAGAGGUUGAGUUGAUUAUGAAGUUGAAGAAUCUUGAGUUAAAGAGGGACAAUAACCAGCUGAACGUCCCUAUAAAUGUGGGGCACACUAGUGCAGAAGUAGCUUUAGGCAAAAUUGGAGUGGGACCUCUUUCUGAUGACUAUUUCAAGCAAGUGUUGCAGAACAGCUCUAAAAGGGGUUCCAACAUGAGCCCUUAA